UUUCCCCUUUUGGCCAAGGUAAAGGGAGGAUGGCUAGAAAUCAGGGGUCCUGCUCGGCCCGCCCCCGGGGGUGGGGCUGGGAGUGGUCACGUGGAGGGGCGCCGCGCCCGGGGUCUCCCGCCCAGUUGGUGUCGGGAGGCAAAGCCCGGAGUCAGCGAGGACGCCGUGAAGGCUGCAAAAGCGCCACCACGCCGGGGUUGCUGAGGUCACGGUCGCCGGGGCCUGAGGGCACCUGCUCGCUCUUCCGCCCGCUCCCUGAUAGCUGUGCGGGUGGCUGGACCCGCAGCGGCGAUAGCGACGACAGCAGCAGCAGCGAGGAGUACUGGAGCGCGGGCAGCAACAGCAGCAGCCACGCCAGCAGCGACACCAUGGAUCUGUCUUUUAUGGCCGCGCAGUUGCCCAUGAUGGGAGGAGCGUUCAUGGACUCACCCAACGAGGACUUCAGCACCGAAUACUCCCUGUUUAGCUCCCCUGCCAACAUCCACGCGACCUCCAAUGGCCACGGCCAGCCAGAGGAGUCUCCUCGCUCCUCCAACGACGCUGUUCUGCUAUGGAUUGCCAUCAUAGCAACACUGGGGAACAUAGUGGUGGUAGGGGUGGUGUAUGCCUUUACCUUCUGAAGGCACCGGGAUGCCAAAGCUGUGGGGAAGCCCUUCAAGCACUGGACUCACCCAGCAAGGCUGUCCACGUGGCUCCAUCUUGCUCCCAGCCACUGGAGAUGCACCUGUGUUCUAGACCUAGGCUGGAACAGCCUCUGGAGGGGCAGCCACCCCGCAUCUGUAACUAUCUCCAGUCAGUUCCGAUUUAGAAUAUCCUGGGUUGUGGCUGAAAGCCUUGAAGUUUGUGCUUCCAGCCCCUAACAGCUUGAUGGGUUAAGUCCUCCCAACAGCGGGCUGGACAGUUUUUGCAUUUUCAGUCAGUCCCAGAGCAAAAGACCAAGGUUGAGCAUCCUAUUAGGUUUUAAAAAAAAAAUGUAGAGCUGGUUUGGUGAUGCUUCCCUAGCAGUAAAUUGUCACGUGUG